UCAUACGUAACCCCAACCAUCUUCCAUAUUCUCAUCCUAAACCCACACACACACGCGCAAGCACUUUCCCUAUCGUGUUAAUGGCACAACAACACCAACCACCACCCCUAAGCCCAAAACUCUCACUCCCGGCUCGGCUCAACUCCUUCAUGGCUCAAAGCCGACUCGGCAAGCACUUCAAGCUCGCCGACCGCAACACCACCUUCACCACCGAGCUCCGUGCCGGCACCGCCACGUUCCUCACCAUGGCCUACAUCCUCGCCGUCAACGCCACCAUCAUCGCCGACUCCGGCGGAACCUGCGGCGUCUCCGACUGCAUUCCCCUCUGCUCCGACCCCCAAACCCCUCUUUCCCAAUGCCCGACCCACCAACUCACCCGACCGGACGAGUCAUGCAAGUACCCGCCCGUGAACCCGGGCUAUUCGGCGUGCGUGGAGAGAACGCGCCGAGACCUCAUCGUUGCCACCGUGGCAUCCUCCCUCAUAGGGUGCACCAUAAUGGGCGUGUUCGCGAACCUUCCUUUAGCCUUGGCUCCGGGUAUGGGUGCCAACGCUUAUUUCGCUUACUCGGUUGUCGGGUUUCACGGGUCGGGCACCGUACCCUAUAGAACAGCUUUAACGGCUAUUUUCUUAGAAGGCUUAAUUUUCCUCUUUAUUUCAGCCGUUGGGUUUCGCGCCAAACUCGCGAAACUCGUUCCCAAACCCGUCCGAGUUUCCUCUUCUGCUGGAAUCGGUCUCUUCUUAGCCUUCAUUGGGCUUCAAAGCAACGAAGGAAUUGGGCUCAUCGGGUACAGCCCAUCAACGCUGGUCACACUCGGAGGCUGUCCAAGGAAAGAUCUAACGGCGUUAGCUCCAGUAUUAACGACGGUUAACGGAACCAUUAGUUUAAUCCCUGGUGGCUCUGUUUCUGAGAAGAUACUCUGCUUGAGGAACCGCAUGGAGAGUCCAACUUUAUGGGUCGGUUUGGUUGGGUUUGUCAUCAUUGCGUAUUGCUUGAUGAAAAACAUUAAGGGGGCUAUGAUAUACGGCAUCGUUUUUGUCACUGUGAUUUCCUGGUUUCGGAACACGCCUGUUACGGUGUUCCCUAAUACCGAAUUGGGUGACGCGGGGUACCGCUAUUUUAAAAAGGUGGUGGACGUGCACGUGAUUAAGAGCACUGCUGGUGCGUUGAGUUUUAAGGGUAUUAUGGGCAAAGCAGCAUUUUGGGAGGCUUUGUUCACGUUUCUCUACGUUGAUAUAUUGGACACAACGGGCACGUUAUAUUCAAUGGCUAGAUUUGCGGGGUUUCUUGAUAUCAACGGUGAUUUCGAGGGUCAAUAUUUUGCUUUCAUGGCUGACGCGUCAUCAAUUGUGGUGGGGUCACUUUUGGGCACGUCACCCGUAACGGCGUUUAUUGAAUCGUCAACGGGGAUUCGCGAAGGUGGACGGACGGGACUGACGGCGUUAACCGUGGCAGGGUAUUUUUUCUUGGCUUUCUUUUUCACGCCGUUAUUGGCGUCGAUUCCACCGUGGGCCGUUGGGCCACCGUUGAUCCUGGUGGGGGUGAUGAUGAUGAGAUGUGUGGUGGAGAUUAAUUGGGAUGACAUGAGGGAGGCUAUACCUGCAUUUGUGACCAUUUUGUUGAUGCCUUUAACGUACUCUAUAGCUUAUGGAUUAAUAGGGGGAAUUGGAACGUACCUUGUGUUGCAUGUUUGGGAGUGGGGGGAGGAGUUGGUGAGAAAACUUGUGGUUAAGAGGGAUUUGAAGGAUGUGUCUAAUGCAAAUGUACAUGCAAAUAAUCGUGUUGUUGAUCAUGAUCAAAGGGAUCAUAAAGCACUUGAGGUGUAGACACCGUAACUCUGCUAAUCGUAUGCUUUUUAGAAGCAUUGUGAUACCUUCUUUUUCGUAUAAAUAUUGGCGGGAAAAGCCCAUGAUAGGGAACUAGUGAGAUUUGUUUAAAUUUUAGAUUAUUCACAAUGAAAAGGAUAUAUAAUUACUGGGGUCUUCUGUGUUCAUCCUUGGGCACACAGAUAUGGGUGCAGGGCUCCAAAUAUUUCAUGCCAUAAAAUAGCAGUGGCUUUCAAUACGAAAAAUAUUCUGCGAAAAUAUCAACAGAUGGGAUUGUUUACUUGGCCUUGUUUGUUUCUGUGUGCAUGCUUAUAGAAUUUUUUACUUCUUAUCGAGAAUUUAAUCCAAACUAGCUAGACAAUAACCUCAUCCUCGUAGUACGCAAUUAAAUUAGCUAGCUGUUAUAGUUUAUCUCAAUAUAUAACUACUGUGAGCUUCCAAUGUGACCAUCGAUUUUAUCUCAAUAUCAAAAGUUAAC